AUGUCCGAAUACGAUCUUCAGUUUCAAGAGGAUCUGGAAAAGGCGCAGGCUCUUAGUUUAGAAAGUCUUGCAUUGGAUCAGUUUCGAAGGCAAAAGCAUUUAGCUAGUUCAGAUAAUGUGCAAGACGCGGGGAAUGCUACAAUACGUCGCAAGGAGGACUGUGAAGGACCACUACCGGCGUUGCCACCUCCUCCACGGAAACCACCACGACGUACUUCCAGUACUGAGAGCGCUAGGUCGACUGGCACAAGUCCUACAAGAAUUGAGAGCAAAGACCUUAUAUCAUUUACCAGCCCCACAAGUAAAACCGCACCAAAGGACUCUCAUGCCUACCUCAAGGAUUAUAUUGACCAGAUCUCUAAAUUGGGUCAGCAAACAGAAGAGUUAACAAUUGCAACCCCCGAACAAGCCACAAUGAACAAUCAGUAUAAUCAAAGGCCGGGCUACAAUUACCCACCCAGUAGCCAGUACCCUUACAAUUAUCCAACUCCAUACAUGCCGGUACCUCCAUAUCCUCCGUCUACGCCCUAUGGCAUGCCUACCGCAUACCCCUACUAUCCAGUGCAAGAAAUGCCACCUCCAUAUGUGCCACAAGCACCACAAACCCCAGUCUAUGCACCAACAGUACCAUAUACUCAAACAAGAAUGGCCGCUCCAUACAUUCCAUAUCAGUCUCAAUACAAUUACAACACAACUAAUAUGAUAACAAGACCGACACGGCCAAUUUACCCACAAUUAAGUCAAAUGCACACAUACCCCACAAAACCAGCACAAAAAGUGGAAAUUGAAAAUAAUAAUACACAAGUCAACGAUCAAAAGGCUCGGAAUUCGGAGGUCAGCGUUGAGUCAAACGAAGCCGUGGACACAAUAGGGAGUUUACCGAAAUCCCAGAACUUGAUAGACUUCGGACUGAAGCCGCAAGGUAGCGUAAGAGUCAGUGUGCUCGAAGCCUUUGACCCGCUUUUAACUGAGCAAAAUCAUUCGGACUAUGCUGCAGGUAGUCCGUCGUCAAGCGUACGUAGCGUGUAUGAAGAUUACGAUCCGUUGGAUUUCUUGUAUGGAGAGACGGAGCUACGAGAAGCCCCGAUAUAUGGGACCAUAAAUAAAAAAGAAACGGUGUUGCCAUCGCCACCUCCAAAAUCAAUUCCAAGUGUUGCUCCAACAGUUAAACGACCGACUACGAAUAAGCUAUACGACUGUAUAGAAAAGAUACACACAAGGAAUUACGACAGCGAGCACAAGGCGUUUUUGAAAAUGGUUUUAGAUGUUAGAAAAAAGUUUGUACACACCGAUGAAAAAACCAACCCAGGGCAUGUGAUUGCCGGGCGGUCGGGUGGAAAAUACCCGCCCAAUACCAGUAUAAAGAUUCUAGUCUAUAACUCACACACGGAUGAACCCAUCACAUUCACUUCUGAUGCGGAGUCAACAGUAGAUCAUGUAAUCCUUACAGUAGUGUGUUCUCUUGAUGAAGAUAUUCGAGAGGAUAUGUCAGGAUAUAUGCUUAGGGUAUGGGGUGCCAAAGAAUACUUAACGCCGGGUAGUUCACUAAGCGAAUACGAUUAUAUACGUGAAUGUGUACGCUUAGAAAAGGACGUACGUCUGUGCCUCAGUGAGGGGAAAGAUACGUCACUAGCAAGGACAGAAAGAGAUGACGCGAAGGACACGCAUCUGACUUUAGAUGAUUUGAUACCAGUGCAAGGAGCGACGCUUGUGUUGACGUUUGAUAAUUUGUCUAUUCUGCUAGAGACCUUAGAAGGAGAAUUAUCUCGGGCAGUGGGUGUGGUAGGCGCUGAAGGCUGUUGUUCGCCAAAUGGCGUGUUUCAAGCCGUAAAAGCGAUAUGCGCACUCGCAGGUGGACUUGAAACGUUGCACGUCACGCAUACGUUGAACGCGUUCGCUCAAGCUUGUACUGCACAGGUAACAGGCGCAGUACGUCCUGAAAUCCAGUCAGACAACGGCCCAUACUGUUCCGUAUCUGUACGCGCGGCUAACGUGCGCGAAACGCUCGUACAACAGUGCGUGCGUGUUCGGGAUGCUGUUAGGGGAUUGCUGGCACUCUAUACUAGGAGCAGUUUGUUGGACUUCAGAUUACCAGAUUCUCCUAUAAUGACGCCUGAUCCAUCAAAAGCCGUCCCAGCAGAUACAAUAACAGAAACGACAUUGUUCUGCAUCGAAGCAGUGCAUUGUCUACCCCACUGUUGGAACCACGACGAAUUCCUAUUUCACGCACAAAUAUACUACGGGACAAGACCGCUCAAGACCUUACACCUCACUCACACCUCUGGAAUCGAAAACGGUGGCUUCUAUCCGCGCAUCAUAUUUGAUAUAUGGUUAAACAUGGAAGACAUGCCAAUCUAUUCCCUUCCUCGUGAAUCGCGUCUAGUACUGACGUUAUACGGUCGUACGCAGCGUACGGACUCGCACGAACCAGAGGCGAACGUACAAGAAGGUAGCGCGGUUGGAGAUGUACAAUAUGUACAAACGGAACUAGGAUGGGCGGCUAUACAGAUGUUUGACUAUGAUGGCCGGGGAUCGAACCUACGACCUGAGGCAGCUACGUGCUUCCCUUGUGGCCCAGCUGCUGCGAUAGAAGGCUCGGCCCGGCCCCGCACCCCGCCGCCUCGCCCCCCCUCGCCCUACCCCCUUCUUAAUAUUGAAAUCCCUUCAUACAACCGCUUGGGUGUGAAAUGGGUGGAAGCGGAAGAGAAAUCCAUAUCAGUUAAGGAUUUACCAUCGUUUGAGUCCCUCGACGGUCACACUCAGUCGCAGUUGCUCCAUCUGACUGAACAGGGGGCUUAUCAGAGGAUGCCCAUCGAAUGUAGGGAGAUAAUGUGGGAAAAAAGGCAGUAUUUAGUGGAGCUCCCUGGUGCCUUGCCACUGGUUUUAUUAGCUGCGACCAACUGGGCAGGAGAACAAAGAGCUCAAUUGAUAGGUCUGAUGCAGUUGUGGGAGAAACCAUCACCACUUAACGCCAUGCAUCUUCUUCUACCUUGUUUCCCCGAUCUGGCAGUUCGCAAAUUAGCCGGUGAAAUGAUACAAGGCAUGUCUGACGAUGAUUUUAUAAGAGUUCUACCACAACUUGCGCAGGCGCUUCGUUACGAGACGUACGAGUGUAGUACUUUAGCUGAGGUAUUAUUGUCAAGAGCUUUGUCGUCACCAGGAAUCGCACACAAACUGUUUUGGCUUUUGGUCCACUCGUUACCUAAUGUGCCACAGGCAUCAAGUGAAGAGUUUUUGGGGAUAAGUCUAGAGGAGAACGGCAGUGAUAGUGAAUCUCCAGACGCGAGUAUUACAAGUGCUUGGAGAUACAGGAUGGUGCUGAAAGCUUUGCUUGCUGUUUGUGGAGACGCACUUAGGGACACCCUGUUGAGGCAGCAAAUGCUUGUUAAGAAUGUAUCAGAAGUAGCGAUGUCAGUAAAAUGCGCCAAAGAAAACCUUAGACAGCGAGCUUUAUAUAUGGGAGGAGAGAAACUGGCCACAUUUUUGCGUCAAGAACCUGCUGCAUUGCCUUUCGCAUUACAUCGUUAUGUUCACGAUAUCGAUAUCAAGUCAUGUUCGUACUUCUCAUCUAAUACGUUGCCAUUAAAAAUCAACUUCAUCGGUGUAGACAACGCAGUUGUACCUGCCAUGUUCAAGGUCGGUGAUGAUCUCAGACAAGACGCGUUAGUGUUACAAGUGAUCAAAGUGAUGGAUAGUCUGUGGCUUAAUGCAGGUCUCGAUCUCAGGAUUGUCACAUUUCAAGCGCUUCCUACCAGUAAUAAAAGAGGGAUGAUAGAAAUAGUAUCAGAAGCGGAAACAUUACGCGCGAUACAAACGGAAUGGGGGCUCACGGGCUCGUUCAAGGACAAGCCCAUAGCCGAGUGGCUCGCUAAGCACAAUCCAUCGGAACUUGAGUACCAACGGGCUAGAGAUAAUUUUACUGCUUCCUGUGCCGGGUACAGUGUAGCGACGUAUUUGCUGGGCAUAUGUGACAGACACAACGAUAAUAUCAUGUUGAAGACGUCGGGUCACCUGUUCCAUAUUGAUUUUGGAAAGUUUCUUGGUGAUGCGCAGAUGUUUGGAAAUUUUAAACGUGACCGGGCGCCAUUUGUAUUAACUCAUGACAUGGCGUACGUAAUAAAUGGCGGAGAUCGACCCACGCAGCGCUUCCAGCAUUUUGUGGAAUUGUGCUGUAUGGCUUUCAAUAUAGUGCGAGCACAUCACGAUCAUAUACUGGAUCUUUUUGCUUUGAUGGCGAUGUCAGGCGUGACAGGCGUCACGAGCACAGCCGUAAACUACGUGCGAAGUGCGUUAUUGCCCGCCGCCACCAACGCCGAGGCCGCGGCUGCGUUCGCCAGACUCAUACAUUCCUCGCUCAAGAGCAAAUUUACACCAAUCAACUUCUUCCUACACAAUUUGGCGCAAUUGCGUGCGAGUGGAGACCAGGGGACUAACACUUCGGAACUGCUGUCCUUCAUGCCGAGAACUUAUUCUAUGGCACAAGAAGGUCGCAUAGUACGCGUUGAGUGUCUCAGUUACGAAAAGCGCUACGACCCCGAAAAGCACUACGUAUACGCUCUACGAGUGUACAGACAAGGCCAGGCCACGCCCGCGAUUCUCUACCGGAGCUAUAAGCACUUCACCGAGCUCUAUCAGAAGAUAUGUCUUCAUUUCCCACUCGCCAAAGUGCACAGUUUACCGUCCGGUCUACACGUGGGUCGUUCAAACAUCCGUCAAGUGGCCGAGAGACGUUUCGGUGAUGUCCAAGCAUUCCUCACGUCACUCUUCAACCUCGCAGACGAAAUAGCACACUCGGAUCUCGUCUAUACAUUUUUCCAUCCACUUUUGAGGGACCAACAAGAUGUCGAACCACAAAGGAUGAGAAGAGGUGAGACAGCGGAAGUGGAGAGCAGUGGAUCGGGUUCUUUGAAGCUGUCAGUUCAAUAUACGGGUGGAGUUCUGUCAGUGCUGAUAUUGCAUGCGCAGUCGUUGGCUGUCACGCCACAGGGAUUGCCGCCCAACCCAUAUGUCAAGGUGUACCUAGUCCCAGACCCUACCAAAGAGACGAAACGUAAAACGCGCGUGCUCAAACGCAACUCGCACCCAUCAUUUAUGGAGAUGUUGGAAUAUCGCUUACCCCUGGACGUUAUCAAGAACAGAAGCCUCCAAGCCACUGUAUGGCAUUACGAUUCCUUACAGGAGAAUCAGUUUUUGGGUGGUGUGGUGAUACCUUUAGGUUCCCUGCCUUUAAGGCAAGAAACGGUGGCCUGGUACCCACUGGAGUACAUACCCCGGUAG